CUGGUAGUUGGUAGCAUGGAACCACUAUUUUGACAUCGACAGGGGAAGUUGGCAGUAUUGUCAGUUGUUACUUCGUUUGACAUUUGGAAAGUGUCAGCUGUUGCUCGCUUUAAAGUUAUGAAGGCAAUUUAAGAAUAUAAUGUUUGAUUUUUGAACUGAAUACUAUGUUUCGUAUAGAGGUUGAAGAGGAGGGGAACUUUCUUAAGGAACAGCGUCUGGCGCCUAUUGAGAAUACGAUGAAACUGGCCACAGGACAGCAUUUGGAGUACAUAGAUGUUGUGUCAAUUAAGAAAGAACCAGACUGUGCAUUUAAAGGAGAACAGGGAAACAGUUUAGACUUUGAGGGAAUUAAAGAAGAGGUAGAAGAUGACAUUUCUGUGCAAGAAAGUUGCACAUGUCAUGGGCAUAUUGAAACACAUACUUUAUGUGAUGAGUCUGUGAAACAAGAGGACCCACCUGGACACCUCGAUAAUUUCACUGCCAGUUGCGGCGAAAGCAAGACACAGCUUCAUAAAUAUGCUGGACAUUACAGUGUUUUACAAGGAAGAGGUAACGUGAGUGUAGGAGUUCAGUUCUCAGAGAUAAACCCUCAGGUAAUUCAUACAAAUGAAGAUAAAUGCUCGGAAAUCGAUAGUAGCACUGGUGCCGGGCUGCUUAAUGAGGAGAAAGCGAGGAAGCUGCAGAAAUACAGAGAUGCUAAAAGAAACAGGUAUAGACAAAUGUCUGGGGAUGAAAAGGAGAUGUUUCUGCAGAAGAAGAGAGAUGCUGCAAGAGAUAGAUACUGGCGAAUGUCGGGCGAGGAGAGAGCAAACAUUCUGAAGAAAAAGAGAGAUGCAAAUAGGAACAGAUACAGGCAAAAGGCGGGAGAGGAAGUUGUGAAGUUUCUGGAGAAUUACAGAGAAUAAAUGUAGAUGUUAGGAGAAUGGAGAAAGGCAGCGUGGAACAGACUUGGUCAGACGGAGAAGGCGAGGAUGCUGGAAAAUUGAAGAGAUGGUAAAUGAAAUAGAUACUGUCUAAUGAUGUGUGAAAAGACAGUACUGACUCUAGGAAUGACAAAGCAUUCAUCUGUUGAGGAUAGAGGAGAGAUAAGGAAGUGGAACGAGAUAGAUGUGACAGUAGCGCGCACAUGUGUAACAGGUGGCUUGACUUAUAAUGCAACUGUACAGGGUGACUGGAGACAGUUCUGCUGUUCACAACAAUGCGCUCAUUAUUUGUGAACAUGACAAAUCAUAUUUAUGUACUGUGAUUACAGGUGAACGAAGCUGUCUGGUGUGUUGCUCUUGUAGCCUACAGAAGAGCUCUGUGAACCACCGAAAGCACUUUCCAAACAUUAGAACUAUAGUGUUUGACAUGUCUUAGUGCUCGUAAGAAUGCACGGCAGUGCAUUCCAGCUGAAUUAGUGUGAAGCAAUUAGAGAGUUACGUGAGGGCAACUUCUUUAUAGAAUUUAAAAUUGAGGGGCAAGUUGGCCUCUUGGCUGGAUCACAUCUUUCCUCUCCAGGAGAUGUUCCACAGUUCAUGCAGUUCUGCUUGGCUGGGAGCUGGCAGGAACAUGACCACUAGAGAUGCAAGCCUAAGUCUCUGCCGAGACUCAGGGUAGUUCUUGGUUUUCAUGUUGCAAGCCAAAUAUUGCAGUUGAGUGCUUAACAAUUCAGCUUUGUAUGUGUUGUGUCCUGGGUGUGAAACUUGAUCUGGAAACCAUUUAUGCUGACUAAGCAAUUUUUAAAUUUUCAUUAAUUUCUUCAGCAGAUGUUGGGAUAGCGCCUUGAAAUAGGCUACAGCAAACUUAAUUUGAUACCUUACCCAAUUCUGAAUCCACAAUUAAGAAUUUCAAUUUCCUUUUUUGAACAAUAUAUGGAAUAUUAAUUGAUGGAAUUCCUCUGUGAUGUGGUAUUCAUGUGAACCAAAACGUGGUAAAGUUUCAUUAUCUUAUGGAAGGCCAAAAUUGCCCUUUGUAUAUGCUUUCAAAAUAACUGUUUCUUGCAGUGGACUGAUUUUCAUGUCAUAAUGAGCAGGUUAAGGUGCCCUGGUAUUAUUUAUGUUUUGCAUGAAGUUUGUUAAAGUUGUGUGACAUCACAUCCUGUUGUGUACUUCCAAAGUAACUGAUUUUGUUUUUACUAAGAAAUCAAGUAAACAACGAUAUUAUAUUAAUGUGUGACAUGUUUUAUAUCUAGCCCUACGGUGAGAUGAUUGGAUCCGUGAAGUGAAAAUAAAUGUAAAUGUAAACGUAAAAACAAAAUGCAGUCCAGCGUUGAAUGAGCUGAAAUGAAUUCAGACAAUAUUUCUGUGAUGGUGAAUACUAUGCAUUAUGUGGUUGGGUUUUAUGAUGUACACGUUGAAAUCAGAGCUUUAAGUGAGGGUUCUAAUGUCACAGUAUGUACUCGUUUGGAAAAUAGGUAUCAACAGAUAUUGCUUCUGAUAAAAACCGCAUUUUACUUACAUUGUUGUUACAGAUGCUGGGCAUGAUUUUCAAGAACGUGAUAAUGUGAGCAUGGAAAAGUUUACAGAAAUAAAUGUCCAUAUUAUUGACAUAAGUAGUAAUAAAUGCAUUGAAAUUAUAGAAAGACUGAUGCAUGUCUACACAAGAAGGAAGAACAGCAAAGGAGAAUUUGUGAAGGAAAAGCGAGGAAGCUGCAGAAGAAGAGAGAUUCUGAAAGGAACAGAUACAGAGAAAUGGCAGAUGAGGAGAAAGCAAGGAUGCUACAGAAGAAGAGAGAUGCUAAAAGACACAAACACAGAGAAAUGACACGUGAAGAGAAAGAGAGGAUUCUGCAGAAGAACAGAGAUGCUAAGAGAAACCGAUAUAGCCAAGUGUCAGAUGAGGAGAAGGCGAGGAUUAUGAAGAAGAACAGAGAUGCAAAAAAGAAACAAAUAUAGCCAAAUGACAAGUGAGGAGAAAGUGAGGAUGCUACAGAAGAAAAAGGAAGCACGGCAAAAGAGGCUUAAUCAGGUGAAAGUUGAUGAGAAGGUAAAGAUGGUAGAAAGGUGACAUGGUGCCAUAAAGACCAAGGAAGAAGCAAAGAUAGUGCAAGAAAAGUAAGAAGUACAGCAAAACAGACAUAGCCAAAAGGAGACCAGGGAGAAAGCAAGGAAAAAGCAAGGCUUUAGGGAGGGAAAGAGAGCAAAAUGAAAUGGAUUCAGUUGAAUGGCAUGUAAAGACAAGACAGAAACCUCAGAGAAGAUAAAUGAAAGUGAAUGAGAAGCAUGACAGUGGUGGGCUUGGGCUUGUGUAAUAUGUGAUGUGAUUUUUAAUAGAUGUGCAUAUUAAUUGUGUCAUUUUGGGAGAGACUAAUGAGGGUUAUGUUUUUCAUUACAACCCAUCAAUUUUUAUGGACUCAUAAAUCAGUUUGCGUUCACUGUAUAUAUCUCAGGUUGAAACGUACAAAUAUUUUAUAUGAAGAAUGUUGUAAGAAAUCAGAAUUUUAAUGUUUUCAGUCAUUAAAAAUAAUAUGCAAUUUUCUUUCUAUGUGUAUGAUGUUCUGUCAUGUAGUGUCAAAACCAAAGUAAGGCAACUGUUGCUUUGCAUCUUGUUGACGACAUAUGUUCAUUUAUAGCAUAGCGAGGAGGGAAGAGGUGAUGUAUGUUGCUGACAUCUGCAGUUAGUAAAUUUCAUUUUAAGAUAACAGGCUAAGGAUGGAUGAUUUAGCUAUUGUAUAAAUAUGUACAAAAAUCUUUGUGAUUUUAGCAUAUGCAUGAAAGCUAUAUGAAUGUGUCAGCAGCCUGUUUUCUGUUGUAUAUUUAUGCCCUGUGAACCCUAGAUAAGAAAUCUUUUGAAAUUUAGCAAAAUUCAGAGACAUCUGGCGACAGUAGUAACACAUCAGAAUUACAUUCACAAAUAAAUUAAGAGCAGAUUAAAUUCAAGGAAUAAUUUCUAUCAUUUAGUUCAGAAUAUAUUGGCAUCUUCCAGCCAUAUAAUUUAUACUUCUCAGGGAGUGUGAUCAAAUUAAGGAGGGUGGCCCACAUACGUGGGAUCGGUGAAAACAUUCAGAAUUUCAGUUAAUAACCUUGAAGGGAAGAACUUGGGAGAUUAAGCAAACAUAAGACGACAAUUCUGAAGGGACCUUUAAAAGAAGUAAUAUUGUGAACCCUCUUGGUUAAGCAUGUUACAAAACUCAAUGGGCUUAUUUGUAGGUCAUAAGAGCAUUGUGACUUGUGCAAGAAAUGUGUUUAGGAUGAUUUCACAAUUUCAUAAGAGGAAAUAUGAUAGUUGCAUGUGAAUCUGCCUGAAUUCCUGAAUGUUAUAGGCCCGCCU